AUGAACGGUCGUAAAUGGGGCCAAAUUACCGGUGAAGACCAGAAAAAGGCUGCAGCCGACUAUACGAAACGACUCAAUGAUUGCAUCAAAGAAGGAACGGUAACGGCAGAAUGUUUGCAACCUCCUGCAUUCUGCGGUAAAUAUGAAAAGAGAAUGGUCGAGUAUAAUGGCUGCGUUGUUCUG